AUGAGUAACGGCGUAGAAGAUUUCUUGGAGGAGUACGGCAGAAACGGUCGCAGACGGGCAAUACCAGGACAUUCACUGCUACCGUUCGAUGUGCCUUCUCGUCCCCCAGCGGGAGCGUAUCGCCGUUCCUCGACGACCAUCGCUAGGCCAACCUUGAGUAACAUUUCUGCUCUAAGUGGCUCAAGCAGAAGUGGUGACAGUGAUUCUGCGAGUCGAAGGUCUUCGACCUCAACAGCUCGGUCGACUGCUCCUUCCAUUCCACUCUUCGGAACUCCUCCGUGGCACGACCAACGCGGCAUGGACCCGAACGACUUCGACUAUGAUCUUCCAUGCGAGUUCGUAAUGCUAGAAUGUGGCAUAAGUUUCCCUCCAGAGAGGUACGAGGACUGGAUUGCCCAUUCGUUAUCACAUUUCCUCGGCAACGAUCCUCCGUCGUCUACCGUCUGCAUUUUCUGCGACGACUCAACGGCGUACGUCCACGAUCAGAACCCGUUUCGAACGUGGAGGGCUAGGAUGAUACACAUUGGUCGUCAUCAUCAAGAAAAUCGAGGGAUAGUGGGACCUCGCCCAGAUCACUUCCUGAUCAAACACCUGAAACAAUGCGGGCUCAUAGCCGACGAAGACUAUGAACAUAGCAUGUCCUACACGGAAAGGCAGCCAUGCGAUAACUUGGUAGAGUACGGCUUCCAGACUCCAGAGAUGAAGGAGCGCGAACGCAAGAAUGCGAAGCCAGCUGGCGGAAAACACGAUAUGAGGAGAGAACAACGUCAGAUGAGACAAGAGGGAGCGAAGGGAAUAGGUGGAAGAAGUACUUACAAGUCAUCAAAGCGGUCGAGAAAUCCUGAAGUAUAUUAUGAGCCCAGAUCAUAA